GGCAUGGGCAGCAGGCAAGACGGACUCAAGUGCUGGCUGACCGCUGCACUGCUUAUGUUCACCGCACUCGCAUCCGUGACCAUUUGUGGAGCCGAGGAGCACCACCUGUUGCCUCUAGAUGAAGGAGUGGAUGAGAGGGAGGUAGAAGAAGCGGAUGUGGAGCCCUUUCGAAUCUCGAAGCGCCCGACGGUCCUCCUGAAUCGCCUGAUGUAUGCCCUCCAGAACGUGAUCCAACCGAGCAGCGAUGUAGUCAAGCAACGACCCCAGACGGAACUACAGCGCCGUGGGUAUCCCAGACAUUGGAAAUGCUACUUCAACGCCGUCUCUUGCUUUCGGAGGAGAAGAAAGAGGAGCCUGGAGUCAGCAUUAUCCGACACCCGACUGUGAAGAAGGAAAGUUUCCAAGUGGAUGAAGCUGUGCUCGAAUUGGAACUGAACUCCCAAAAUGUUCCCAUGAACUACUCCCAUCAUAAAGAAUUUGAGUUUACUUUGAUAUUCGUGUUUGUUUUUCUAUAUGUCUUUGAAUGAAUUCUUUUGGAAAAAAAACUGCUACAUGUGCCUGGAAUUCUUGAAGAAAACAAGAUUCGAACUCUAUGCAUUUUACGGGGAUCGAUUAAUCAAUGAUCAAUGGAA